UCGCCCCGAGGCCUCAGGGUGGCCUAGCCAGCUGGCCGUUCUUUAAUUAUGCACGGAGGCGUGUCUUGGCCAGUUGGGAGCUGGAUGGGGAUUGGCUGGAGGGGCUGUAAUUCAGCGGUUUCCGGAGCUGCAGUGUAGACUAGGAGGGGGAGCCUGGGGUUCCGACGUCGCGACGGAGGGAACGAGCCCUAACCGGAUCGCUGAGGCACAACCGGUGCCCGGCUCGGUGUCGCCUGACCGCGUCGGCUAGGAGAGGCCAGGCGGCCCUCGGGAGCCCAGCUGCUCGCACCUGGACCCAGCGCAGCCCGGCCAGUCGGGCCUCAGCCCGGGAGACAGUUACGCCCCCUGAUUGCGGCAGGAUGGCCCAAUGGAACCAGCUGCAGCAGCUGGACACACGUUACCUGGAGCAGCUGCACCAGCUGUACAGUGACAGCUUCCCCAUGGAGCUGCGGCAGUUCCUGGCACCUUGGAUUGAGAGUCAAGAUUGGGCAUAUGCAGCCAGCAAAGAGUCACAUGCCACGUUGGUGUUUCAUAAUCUCUUGGGUGAGAUUGACCAGCAGUAUAGCCGAUUCCUGCAAGAGUCCAAUGUCCUCUAUCAGCACAACCUGCGGAGAAUCAAGCAGUUCCUACAGAGCAGGUAUCUUGAGAAGCCGAUGGAAAUUGCCCGGAUCGUGGCCCGAUGCCUGUGGGAAGAGUCUCGCCUCCUCCAGACGGCCGCCACUGCAGCCCAGCAAGGAGGCCAGGCCAACCACCCAACAGCUGCUGUGGUGACGGAGAAGCAGCAGAUGCUGGAGCAGCAUCUUCAGGAUGUCCGGAAGCGUGUGCAGGAUCUAGAACAGAAAAUGAAAGUGGUAGAGAAUCUCCAGGACGACUUUGACUUCAACUAUAAAACCCUCAAGAGUCAAGGAGACAUGCAGGAUCUGAAUGGAAACAACCAGUCUGUGACCAGGCAGAAGAUGCAGCAGCUGGAACAGAUGCUCACGGCGCUGGACCAGAUGCGGAGAAGCAUUGUGAGUGAGCUGGCGGGGCUUUUGUCGGCAAUGGAGUACGUGCAGAAAACACUCACAGACGAGGAACUGGCUGACUGGAAGAGGCGGCAGCAGAUCGCGUGCAUUGGAGGCCCUCCCAACAUCUGCCUGGAUCGCCUGGAAAACUGGAUAACUUCAUUAGCAGAAUCUCAACUUCAGACCCGCCAACAAAUUAAGAAACUGGAGGAGUUGCAGCAAAAAGUGUCCUACAAGGGGGACCCUAUUGUGCAGCACCGGCCAAUGCUGGAGGAGAGGAUCGUGGAGCUGUUCAGAAACUUAAUGAAGAGUGCCUUCGUGGUGGAGCGACAACCCUGCAUGCCGAUGCACCCUGACCGGCCCUUGGUCAUCAAGACCGGUGUCCAGUUCACUACUAAAGUCAGGUUGUUGGUCAAAUUUCCCGAGUUGAAUUAUCAGCUUAAAAUUAAAGUCUGCAUUGACAAAGAUUCUGGGGAUGUUGCCGCUCUCAGAGGAUCUCGGAAAUUUAACAUUCUGGGCACAAACACGAAGGUGAUGAACAUGGAAGAGUCCAACAACGGCAGCCUGUCUGCGGAGUUCAAGCACUUGACCCUGAGGGAGCAGAGAUGUGGGAAUGGGGGCCGUGCCAAUUGUGAUGCCUCCUUGAUUGUGACUGAGGAGCUGCAUCUGAUCACCUUCGAGACUGAGGUGUACCACCAAGGCCUCAAGAUUGACCUAGAGACCCACUCUUUGCCAGUUGUGGUGAUCUCCAAUAUCUGUCAGAUGCCAAAUGCCUGGGCAUCCAUCCUGUGGUAUAACAUGCUGACCAACAACCCCAAGAACGUGAACUUCUUCACCAAGCCACCGAUUGGAACCUGGGACCAAGUGGCCGAGGUGCUCAGCUGGCAGUUCUCAUCUACCACAAAGCGAGGGCUGAGCAUUGAGCAGCUGACUACGCUGGCCGAGAAGCUCUUAGGCCCUGGUGUCAACUACUCUGGGUGUCAGAUCACAUGGGCUAAAUUUUGCAAAGAAAACAUGGCUGGCAAGGGCUUCUCCUUCUGGGUGUGGCUAGACAAUAUCAUUGACCUUGUGAAAAAGUAUAUCUUGGCCCUUUGGAAUGAAGGGUACAUCAUGGGUUUCAUCAGCAAGGAGCGGGAGCGGGCAAUCCUGAGCACGAAGCCCCCGGGCACCUUCCUGCUGAGAUUCAGCGAGAGCAGCAAAGAGGGAGGGGUCACUUUCACUUGGGUGGAAAAGGACAUCAGUGGCAAGACCCAGAUCCAGUCUGUAGAGCCGUACACCAAGCAGCAGCUGAACAACAUGUCAUUUGCUGAAAUCAUCAUGGGCUAUAAGAUCAUGGAUGCCACCAACAUCCUGGUGUCCCCAUUGGUCUACCUCUACCCUGACAUUCCUAAGGAGGAGGCAUUCGGGAAGUACUGUCGACCAGAGAGCCAGGAGCAUCCUGAAGCUGACCCUGGUAGUGCUGCCCCUUACCUGAAGACCAAGUUCAUCUGUGUGACACCAACGACCUGCAGCAAUACCAUUGACCUGCCGAUGUCCCCCCGCACUUUAGAUUCAUUGAUGCAGUUUGGAAAUAACGGUGAAGGUGCUGAGCCCUCGGCAGGAGGGCAGUUUGAGUCACUCACGUUCGACAUGGAUCUGACUUCGGAGUGCGCUACCUCCCCCAUGUGAGGAGCCUUCACUGGAAGCUGCAGAGAUGACUGAGGCUCCUGCCCCGGGUUCCACCCUUAAGCAGUCAAACCCCAGGUCAUCUGAAACUCCUAACUUGGUGGUUCCAGAUUUUUUUUUUUAAUCUCUACUUCUGCUAUCUUUGAGCAAUCUGGGCACUUUUUAAAACAGAGAAACGAGUGAGUGUGGGUGAUGUGCUUUUAUGUAAAGAGGAGAGGAUUCUCUGAGUCUGUGAUGGGGGGUGUGAGAGCCGGAGGCUGGAGGAAGAAAAAGGAAAUGCCUUGUGUCCUGUUCCCCGCCCUCCUUUCUCGGUGGCGGCGGCGGCAUCGUUCGUUGUUAGACAAGUGCCUCCCGGUGCCCGGGGCAUCUUUUGCCCAUUUCUGUGAGCUGACACCCCAGGCUGCCUGCAGCUGAGGACUCUUGGCGUUGCACUUUUAACCUUGCUAAUGUCCAAACAGAAGGUAGGACUAAGCCCAUAGGUUUCUUUUUAAAUUAAAAAAAAAAAAGUAAUAAGAAUUAAAGGGCAAAACACACUGAGACAGCAUGGCCUUUCUGUAUCAAAGAAGACUUCAGCUCACAGCCUCUUUGGUGCUUUAAGCAUAUGAACCCUGAAAUGAUUUCAGAUGAAAUCUUUAAAAGACAUCUGAGGCUGUGGCUUGGCCUCUGGUUUGAACACGAAGGUUAGAGAGAACCUACAUAUCCCAGACUCUUCAUAAACUGGGUUGUUGUUUUAUUUUUUUAUUAUUAUUAUUUUUUUUGGGGGGGGGGUUUCGAGAUAGGGUUUCUCUGUGCAGUUUUGGUGCCUGUCCUGGAUCUUGCUCUGUAGACCAGGCUGGCCUUGAACUCACAAAGAUCCGCCUGCCUCUGCCUCCCUAGUGCUGGGAUUAAAGGUGUGCGCCACCACCGCCCGGCCAUAAACUGGGUUUUAUUUACCCAAGAGUAUGCUCGCCUGUGGGAGGGGUGAGGCUAGGCCAAGGGCACUGAAAACCUCUGUCGCCCACCCUCCCCCAAGACUCCGGACCCUGUUUCAGGGUCAGUCUGUCCUGUGGGUGCCUUACUGGGCCUAGGAUCAACCUGGCUCCCUUUCCCACUUGACCUUGCUAGUGGCAUGUCUCCUUCCUGUGCCCACAGGCUCCUGCCCUGCUUGCAUUGGGAAUCGUGGUCUCAGGACCUUGUGACCAGAGAGCCUGAGUUACAGGUUUGAAGUGAUUUAGACCUACGGGUCCUCAGCAAAGCUCAGGGAUUAGGGUCCUUAUUCUGUUUGCUUGGUUCCCAGGGGUACCUGUAACCACAGUGCAAAAGCUGACUGAUAAACUCCAGGUCUGCCACCUCCUAUGAGGGGUGUACUCGUGGCCUCCCCCUGAGACUGGCGAUUGUCUGCUCCCCAUUGGGGCCCCUAGGUGAGGUGGAACAGGGUGCCUGCACCUACCGUGGCCUUCCUGUCACCUGCUUGCCUCAGCCACUCAGCUUGCUUGAACACUUAGUCGUUCAAGGCAAACCUGCUCUGACACAGGGGCAUGGCUACAUUCAGUGACUCAGAGACCCAUACUCAGCUGACCAGUGUCUGGAAUUCUGUUUGUUUCACUCAAAUUAACCAGUGUCUGAAUUAAGGGGUGAGGACAUUGUCUCCAAGACAAACUGCUUGCCUUGGCUGCCCCUGGCCUUCUGCUUUGAGACAGUUAUUGCUCGCCCUUCCCCAGCAACAUUCUUUAGUAGACAAUAAGCUGAACUCAUAAACUGAAAGGGUAUUUAGAAAGGCAAGGCUUGGACCUACUGACAGCUUAAAUCCUGGGGACCCAAGGAACAAGGACUCGGGCUUCUCUGGGGCAGGGGUUGUAAAGUUCCCGGCGCUGGGAAGUUACCUGGGUAGCCUGGGCUAACCACCUGUAGUUACAGCUCCAAGGAGAACAGAAACUGGCCCUGUGGAGUCCUCAGAACCACCCGCCCGCUUUCCCUCCCCUGACCCUGCCUGUCCCCAGCCUAGCCCAACCGUGCCUGCGGAUUGCUUAGCCUCUCUGUACAGUGGUUUGUAUUCUAUCCUGGCCACUGCGUUCAAAUUCCAAUGUAUACUUUCUAGUGUAAAAAUUUAUAUUAUUGUGGGUUGUGUUGUUGUUGUUGUUUGUUUGUUUGUUUUUUGUAUAUUGCUGUAACUACUUUAACUUCCAGAAAUAAAGAUUAUAUAGGAACUGUC